CUAACUGUUACUGACAUCUCCAGUGAAAUUAAUACAGUGAUCAGUGCUAAUAAAAAGCACUGACACUGUACUAAUGGCACUGGACAAGAAGGGGUUAACAUCCGGGGCGAUAAAAGGGUUCACUGUGUGCUGUUUUACUGUGUGCUCACAUUGCUUUGUAUUGCUCUGCUAUGCAGAGCAAUACAAAGCAAUGUGCAGGAGCUGACAGGGGAGAGAUCUGUAUUGUUUACAUACAGGUCUCUCCCCCAUCAGUGAUACUCAGAGAUCGCCGGGUGCUGGUGCAGAAUCACCGGCCAGGACCCGUUGAUCGGAAGCUGAGGCCGCCAAUGCAAAAAUAUAUA